AGACAGGGGUAUUUUAGUCCACAAAGCAUUUCGUUUUUCUCGGAAAAACAAAUAAUUAUUUCUUUUAUUCUUCUUCUUCUUCUUCUUCUUCUUCUUCUUCUAUUCUUCACUUUUUCAAUUUUCAAAAUCCUAAUAUCGCUCUCAUCGACAAAGGGUUAACAAUGGCGAGAAGACCGGAUGAAGAAUAUGACUACUUGUUUAAAGUGGUUUUGAUCGGAGACUCUGGUGUCGGCAAGUCAAAUCUCCUCUCUAGAUUCACUCGCAAUGAGUUCUGCUUGGAAUCCAAAUCCACCAUCGGUGUCGAAUUCGCUACUCGUACUCUCCAAGUGGAAGGAAGGACUGUGAAAGCUCAGAUAUGGGACACGGCAGGGCAAGAACGAUACAGAGCCAUAACCAGCGCCUAUUACAGAGGUGCACUUGGAGCUCUCUUGGUCUACGACGUCACCAAACCAACAACGUUUGAGAACGUAAGCCGGUGGCUGAAAGAACUCAGAGACCAUGCAGAUUCCAACAUCGUGAUCAUGUUGAUUGGAAACAAGACAGAUCUGAAGCAUCUCAGAGCAGUUGCCACAGAGGAUGCUCAGAGCUAUGCAGAGAAAGAAGGCUUAUCUUUCAUCGAGACAUCGGCCCUUGAGGCAUUAAACGUAGAGAAGGCUUUUCAGACGAUUCUCUCAGAGAUUUAUCGGAUCAUCAGUAAGAAAUCUAUAUCUUCAGACCAGGCUACUGCAAAUGCCAACAACAUCAAGGAAGGGCAAACCAUUGAUGUCGCUACCUCUUCUGAAUCAAACAAUAAGAAGCCUUGUUGCUCUUCUUCCUGAAAGGCUUUGUUUGUGUCACAUUUCGAAGGCCAAUAUCUAUGACUUUUCUUUCAAGGCUUGCGUGGUGUUGUAGUAGCUAAAAGAAAAAAAAUGCAAGUCGCAUUCCUUUUUUCUUUUUUGUUUUGUUUAUAAUGACUCAGAAAUCACUCUAUAUUAAUUAUGGAAUUUGAAAGCGUUUAUACAAAACUUACAAAUUGUGAAAA